UCAGCCAUUGAGCUGAGAAAGAAGCAAAUCGAAGAGAAGAAGGCGGCACUGGCCGCCAAGAAUGCUGGGGUAAAACCUCUUACAUUUCUUACCGGAUGACAUAUGGUGAGCUACCUUUAUUUCUAACUGAUUGCUUUGUUUUGACUAUUUUCAGGGUGGAACCCAAGGCAUGCCAAAAUCACUAGCAAGCAUGCACAAAAGACCGGCUGGUGACAUACCUCAGCCGGCUUCAAAAGCUUUGCCGGGUCCACCUUUGGCAGCUAGUCCUGCAAAGAGGACGCCUGCCCCUGCCAGGCCAACCACCGCAGGGAAGAGCCUGCAGCUAACGCCGAGUGCUUCGGCGGGCCAUACCCGGAUGGGAUCUGGCUCAGAUGCGGCUGGGGGGGAUGGCACCCCACAGCCUGAACAAGAUGAGUCUACCAGCCGGCCCGACUACAACCAAUAUGCCAAGAGAAUGGUCAAGACUCUGACCCGUUCUGAGAAGGAGGCAGUGCCGGCUGUACACCAGGUUAACCUGGAUCGCAUCAACUCUCUUCUUGCUGAGGUAAAUAACCCGAAUGACCUAUACAUGUCUCAAACUCUGUUUUUGCCAGAUGAGUAGUAAUUAUCAUCAUUAGUUCUAACACCCUUUCCGGCUGGUACCAUAGGUGAUGCUGAGAGUGGACGGGCUCCGAGUCCCCUUGCGUAAAAAGCAAGAGGAGGUAAGAGACGCUCAGAAGCGUGCCCUUGACCUGAUUGACGCUAGUCAAUUUCAUACUAUUAACUAUGAUAAGGCAACUAAAGAGAGGGAGUUGGAACAGGAGGAAUUGCUGAAGAAGGCUGUACUGGCUGGGGAUGAGGCUAAGAAGAAAGUUGAAGAUCUUGAGCUUAAGGUCAAGAACCUCCAGGCUGAUCUUAGAGCUCUGGAAGGUGCUGACAGGGAAAAUGCCGACCUCCGCCAGAAGAACAACGAGCUGACUGUCCAACUCGCUAAUAUUCAGGCGGCCCACAAAAAGGAGCUGAACGAGGAACUCGGCCGCCUGAUUUCAGAGAAUGAAGCCGACUGCGAGGAACGCAUGAAGCUGGCUUGGGGCCUCAUCCAUCCGGACUCUGACUUUAAC